GGCUUGUCGGUCAUAGUAGUGAGCACACCCAAGCCUGACCGGACCAGGGUCGACUGCACCUUCCCCCUCCUCCCUCUCUCCCCGCCAGCUCCACCUUCCCUCAAUCGUGCACGGAGGUCACACUCGGUCCUCUGCAGAUUCGUUUUCCGUUUACCGACCGAGCCCAACCUCUAGACCUCACCACAUAGCGUAUGCUCUCUCUUCUCACGUCCCUCCACUUCUGCAUCCUCGGCAUCCUCAGCGUCCUCAGCCCGUUACGCUAGCCGCCUAACCACGUGGCCUCACCCACGCGUAUAGUCUGCUACAACGAGCCAUAGUUGCCGAGUCGAGCAUACCGCCACCGCGCCUGCCCACGUCAUAACCCUCACAACCGUUCGACUUCUCUCCAGCGCAUUAUUUACCGUGGCCUUUUUCGCACCCCCAUCAAGUCGCUCUGCGCUCGGCUCUUCUCUGCCCCCACGUUACUGCCCUCAACGAUGUUGAGCGCGCGAGGGCAGCGAACCCACGAAACUAGUAACCAUUCGCGCAACCUUUCGCACAGCGCGUCCAGCCAAAUGGCUCGCUGCUAGUUACCCCUGAAAGCGAGCGCGCAGCAGAGUGAGUCGUCGAGGCGCCCCUAACCUCCUGAAAGAAAUCCCCUUCUCCUCUCCGCAACCCGAGACUCUCGGUCGCCGCUAACCUCUCCCGAAUCCAUCCUCUUUCGCUCGUGCUGCCGCUCGCAACUCAGUUCUACGGAAGAUAAGCGAGCUAGUUCUAGGACACUGUCAGCCAUGGCUGCGCGUCGUCGCGAGACCUGUCGGAGAGCCGCCCUUUUCCGCUCGGCGCUGCUGCAGUUGAGUGUGCUUCUACUCAAUGCUCUUGUACUGAGUAAAGUUCUUGUGGCGGUGACCGCCGAUAAAUAUGGUGAUGGGUCGUCGUCGCUGCUCAACGAGAUGACGUUUGAGUCGACUCAGACUCAAAAGAAGUCAUCUGGAUCAUCGUCGUCGUCGUCGCUGUACAACGUCCGCCUACGUUCCGCGCCGCCAGUGCUCGCCUACCGCGGCGGCAUCAGCGGAUACGCCGCCACGGCCCCCGGGUUUUACGGCAACGAAUACAACAUGCUCUCGACAACGCUCUCCGCGCCCUCCUCCGCCAUGGCGGAAACGGCGGAAGCGGCGGCGCUGAGCAGCGCCAGCGUGACCGGCGCCGGAAGGGGAGCGGAAGGGGGAAGCGGAGCGGCGGCGGAGGGGGAGGCGCGGAUGCAGCGCGCGCCGAAGGUGAACAUGAGGUCGGCGCAAGUGCGGCAGUUCUCGACUUACCUGCAGUGGCAGCAGGGGCAGAUCGCGACGGACGUGGGCGUGGAUCCCGAGAAUAUCGUGUACAAGUUCACCUUCGUGAGCAACGGCUUCGCGGCAAUGCUCUCGCCAGCGGAGGCGGAAAGACUGAGAAAGCACCCCGCCGUGGAGCGCGUGACGCCGGCAUUCGAGGUGAAGCCGCUCACCACGCACUCGCCGAGCUUCUUAAAGCUGCCCGCGUCGCUGUGGCGCGCGAACGGCGGCGAGAAGAGCGCGGGGCGCGGCGUGGUGAUCGGCGUGAUCGACAGCGGGAUCUGGAUGGAGCACCCGUCGUUCGCUGACGGGGCGACCGGGAACAUCUCAACCGCGUAUUCCGCGGCGCCAUCGCAGUGGAACGGCCGCUGCCAGACCGCGCCGGACUUCCCCCGCUGCAACAACAAGGUCAUCGGAGCGCGCGCGUUUAACGGCGGGUUCGUGCGCUACCGCGGCGCGGUCGACAGCACGCAGGACUACCUGUCGCCAAGGGACUCCGUCGGGCACGGCUCGUGGUGCGCGAGCGCCGCGGCGGGGAACGGGGGGGUUAAGGCCGUGAACAACCGGCGGCAGGCGAUCGGCUCGACGAGCGGCAUGGCGCCGCGCGCGCGGCUCGCGGUGUACAAGGUGUUUUGGAAGGCGAAGGGGGACAGUAGCGGGUCGGCUUCUAGCGUGGAUAUCGACGCGGCGAUCGACGCGGCGGUCUCGGACGGCGUGGAUGUGAUUAGUAUGUCGCUGGGAGGAGUUAAUCCGUAUGCUGGGUACUUCGACGAUACUAACUUCCUCUACGCCAAUCAGGCGGGCAUCGUGGUGGUGUGCGCGGGCGGCAACAACGGCCCGCCGCCCCUGACGUCGUCCAUCUACCGCACCAUCAUGCACUUCUCGCCCUUCUACCUCACCGUCGGAGCAAGCUCCACGGACCGCCACUACACGUCGAAGCUGCGGCUGAGCACGGGCGCGAACCUGUGGGGCGCGGGCUUUGGCACGGGGUCGCGGAAGGUGCGGGGGGUCGCGCUGGUUCUGGCGCAGGACGCCGUGGCUUAUGGCAACACCGCUGCUGAUGCGAAGCUGUGUCUCCCGGGCACCAUUGAUUCGACCAAAGCGGGCGGCAAGAUCCUGGUGUGCACGGCGGGGCAGGCGUCGUUCGGCACGCAGGCGGACACGGCGGCGCUGGCGGGCGCCAAGGCGAUGGUGCUGGUGAACGAGGCGGGCGGCAGCGACAUCACGCUGGAUAUCUACGAUGCCAGGCUCCCGAUCCUGCACCUGGGGUUCAGAGAGGCGGAGAAGCUGCGCACGUACAUGCGCACGACCAAGGGGCCCGUUGCCUCCUACUCCGCCACCUUCUCAGUCUUCUACAACCGGGUCGCGCCUGCCGUGGCGCCCUUCUCAGCUCAAGGCCCCGUGGUGAGCCCCUCCUCCGACCCCCGCGUACCCGGCCCAACCAAUGACAUCCUCAAGCCGGACGUCGUUGGCCCGGGCCUCUUCCUCUGGGGCGCCUCCCGAAGCAGCAGCAGAGGCUCCGCAGGGAAGCCGGGGUAUGACAUGCUGAUGGGGACAUCCAUGGCUGCGCCGCACGUGGCGGGGAUUGCGGCGCUGAUUGUGCAGAAGCACCCCAAGUGGUCGCCGGCGCAGGUGAUGUCGGCUAUUAUGACGACGGCUAGCAAUGUGAACAACAAGGGGAGGCCAAUCGGGCGGUUUGUGGGCGGGGAGAAGGCAACGCCGUUUGAGAUCGGGUCGGGACACGUCAACCCCCCGAAGGUUUCCGACCCCGGGCUGACUUAUAACCUUGGGCUGGGAGACUACCUAAACUUUUUGGCCGGGCAGAAUCUGACCGAGGUGCAGGGGUGGAAGAUUAAAGCCGUGAAAGCAAUUCCGGCGUACAAUCUGAACUUGCCGUCGAUCUCGGUGUCACGGCUAAGGAAGCAGGUAGUGGUCCGGCGGACAGUGACGAACAUGGGCUUGAAGACGGCCACGUACCGAGCCAAGGUGGUAGCUCCGGAGAACGUGCGGGUGGUGGUGACGCCGAGCCAGUUCACGAUAGGCGUGGGAAAAUCGGUGAGCUUUUUGGUGGCUAUUACGGUGGUGAAUCCCACGGGAAGCUUCUCGUUUGGGAGCCUGACUUGGGAAGAUGGCGCCGGGCAUGCUGUGCGGUCGGUGCUGGCAGUGCAGCCGAUUGCAAAGUGAGAGUGCAAAGGGGGCGCUGGCAGUGCAAAGGGGGCGCUGGCAGUGCAACCAAUCGCCAUGCUAGCCGUGCGACUAGUAGUGCAAGCUGACUGGCAGCGGGCAUGCUGUGCGGUCGGUGCUGGCCGUGCAGCCAAUUGCAAAGUGAGGCUGGAAGGGGGCAGGGGGUGGGGAGGGAAAGAGGUUCUUGGGGAUGCUAAGUGACAAAGGGAUGAGGAAUUGGGUUCCCAAGGAGGGAGGGAUGAGAAGUGAUGGUGGCAAGGGGGGGAUUACACUGAUAGUGUUUGUGAAAUGGUCUUGGAUAGACCUGAUUGAGAAUUGAUAACAGAAGGGUAUGCUAUGCUAGUCGUGGUCUCAGCAGCAGUGUAAGCUGACUGACUGGUGGUGAAUGGAGGGGCCGAAGAGGAGGAACAUUGGGGGUGAGAGAGAGGAGGGAAUGGGUGGGUGUCAUUCAUGGUGGCAGCUGAGGGAUGAAGGAAGAAUAGUGGCCGGGAAAGGAUAGGAUACUGGUAGGAUAUGUGAAGGUGGAGAAGCAAGUUUCUCCUGGAGGUGUGGAUACUGGGCAGCAAGUAUUUACCGUAGUCUCUAUAUGGGGCUCCUCUUACUAUACGAGGCAGGGCAUUGUGCUUGUUGCCUGCGGGGCUAGUAAGCUGGAUGAGAGCAUUAACAGACUUGUUGGAAAUAUCUCAAGGACUUAAGCGUUUCUGAAGUUACAAGGGUUCAACUGCCUCAACUUCCGCUGCACUACUCCAAGUCUCAAGUCUUUACAGCUGGGACUUAAUCUCUGCAAAAGAUCCUAAAGGGUUUUUCUCAG